AUGCAGGAAUUGAUAUCCGCACGCGCUCGAGCAACCCCUGAGAAAACGGCAAUCGACUCCUGGGAUGGGACCCUGACUUAUAAUCAAGUUGACCGAUAUUCGACAUCCUUUGCAAAUUUAUUGAAGAGUAAGGGCGUCAAAUUAAACGAAUUUUUGCCUCUUUGCUUUGAAAAAUCGAGAUGGACAAUUGUGGCUGUUCUUGCCGCGAUGAAAAUUGGCGCAACCUUUGUGAUGAUGGACCCGUCAAUUCCACAUGCUCGCCUCCAAAACAUGAAGGAGCAAGUGGGUGCGAAGACAAUUGUUUCGUCUCGGAAGCAGCAUGACUUGGCAAAGUCCAUAAUAUCCGAGGGGGAGCUUCUUGUCGUCGAAGAAGACACGUUCAUCAACAUAAACAGUGGAGACCCCGAUCCAGAUUUGCCAUCAGUGCCGUCAGAUACCUUGAUGUAUCUCAUCUUCACAUCUGGCAGUACAGGAACCCCUAAAGGAGUAAAGAUUUCGCACGGAACAUAUACCAGCAGCGCCAUUCCGCGGGCGAAAGCAGUUGGAUAUACCAAGGACUCUAGAGUCCUUGAUUUUGCAUCUUACGCGUUUGACGUUAGCAUCGAUAGUAUGCUUUUGACAUUAGCAAAUGGUGGCUGCCUCUGCAUUCCGUCUGAUGAAGAUAGGAUGAACGAUAUAAACGGGGUGAUACGGAAGAUGAAAGUUAACUAUGCUGGUAUAACCCCAUCGGUUGCCCGUAUCCUAGAACCGGAUGUCAUAGCAUCUCUCAGUGGCCUUGGUCUAGGUGGAGAAGCAGCAUCUGCUAGAGACGUCACAAUCUGGGGUCAAGAGACCAGAAUCAUAAUAGGUUACGGCCCAUGUGAGUGUACGAUAGGAUGCACGGUUAAUAGCAAUACGGCUACGGGAAGAAAUUACAUCUCUAUUGGAACGGGCAAUGGAGCUGCUAUUUGGAUUGUUGAUCCGAACGACCACGAGAAACUCAUGCCGGUAGGCGCCGUGGGCGAGUUGCUCGUCGAGGGGCCAAUUGUAGGCCAAGGCUACUUGAACGAUCCAGAGAAGACUGCAGCUGCUUUUAUUGAAGAUCCGCAAUGGCUCGUAGCUGGGCACAAUGACUAUGCAGGUCGUCGAGGCCGCUUGUACAAGACUGGAGAUCUUGGAAAAUAUGAUCCUGAUGGUUCCGGAGGCAUUGUCUUUGCGGGAAGAAAGGAUACCCAGGUCAAGCUUCGUGGACAACGUGUCGAGCUUGGAGAAAUUGAAAGUCAACUAAAAGCCAGGCUACCUUCUGACACGAAUAUUAUUGCUGAAGUAAUCGUGCCUCAGGGCUCUGGUAGCCAAGCCACGUUGGUUGCAUUUGUUUCGUAUCAAUCUACAAGUAGCGCUGGGAAUAACGCCGAUAUUGAGUCGAUACAGCUACCUGAUGAUCUGCAAGCCAAACUGUCGAAAGCUAAUAUAGAAUUGACUCAAGUUCUCCCACGAUACAUGGUGCCAACUGCAUACAUACCGAUAAACUAUAUUCCUGUCCUCAUAUCGGGAAAAACAGAUCGAAGACGACUUCGACAAUUCGGCGCGACUGUAGAUCUGCGACAGCUAGACGAAGGCCAAGUCAACAAGACUGAACGUGAGUUGAAUGACUUUGAGCAACGUUUGCGACAAGCUUGGGGUCAGGCAUUGAAAGUCGAUGCCGAAUCAAUCCGGCUGGAAGACAACUUUUUCGUGUUGGGAGGUGACUCUUUGGCAGCAAUGAGGUUGGUGUCUGUAUGUCGUGAGCAGAAUUUGGAAGUCACAGUUGCCAAUACUUUUGAUCAUCCGACACUCGCGGCAAUGGCAAGUGUUGUUCGCAUCCAUGACUCGCAAACCCAGGCGGAAACAUCGCCCUUCUCCAUGCUGUCUCAGACUGCUGAUAGUGCAUGUCACGAGGCGAAUGUAAUCUACGGAUUCGAUCAAGCCGCUAUCGAGGACAUCUAUCCAUGCACACCCACACAAGAGUCUUUAUUCACGUUUUCUCUCAAGUCAAUCGAGCCUUACAUUGCACAAAGGGUCGCUUGCAUCCCCUCUUCGAUUAGCACGGUAUCUUGGAAAAAGGCGUGGGAAGACGUCGUCGCGUGUUGUCCUAUCUUACGCACACGCUUAGCCCAGCUCCAAGAACCUGGCCUCCAGCAGGUCGUGUUGAAAGAAAACAUUUCCUGGAACGAGUCGACCGAUCUAGAGCAAUACCUUACUAAUGACAAACAAAAGAGAAUGGACCUCGGACAAGGCUUGGCCCGGUACGCAAUUGUGGAUGAUUCCAAAGAUGGCAAUAGAUACAUGGUAUGGACGGUUCAUCACGUACUCUACGAUGGCUGGUCAGAACCAAUCAUACUCAGAAAAGUGAGUGAUGCUUUGAAAGGUCUUGGUAUCUCAUUCCAAACACAAAUGAGAGAAUUUGUCAAUUACGUGCGUGACACCGAUGAAGUGGAGAUGCAAGCAUACUGGAAACGGGAAUUGAAAGACGCCGUUGGACCUCAGUUUCCGCGCUUGCCUUCAAGAGACUACGUGCCAAGGCCAGAUGCCAUGGCUGAACACCACAUAUCCAUCGCGACAGGCAAAGGAUCGCAAUUCACCAUGGCCACUUUGAUUCGUGGUGCCUGGGCACUUGUCGCAUCACAAUAUACGAGAAGCGAUGAUGUCGUUUUUGGCGAGACACUCACGGGCCGAGAUAUUGCACUUGCUGGAGUGGAGAACAUUGUAGGACCGCUUAUUGCAACUGUGCCUAUCCGGAUAUACGUUGAUAGAGCCAGCAGUAUUGAAGUGUAUCUACAAGCUAUACAACAAGGCAUGAUGAGCCGUACACGCUAUCAACACAUGGGAAUGCAGAACAUCAGAAAAGUUAGUCGUGAUGCUCAACAUGCAUGUGAGGCAAGCACAGGAUUGGUCAUUCAGCCAGAACCCGAAUAUACGGGUAAUGAGCUUGGCUUUUUUCAAGGCGAUGUUGUCCGUGAGGCGCUUCAUUUCAACCCAUAUCCUCUCAUGAUCGCCUGUGGGAUACGAAAUGGUGGAUUCCGGGUCUGCGCGAAUUUCGAUAGCAGCCUUAUUAAAGUCACACAAAUGCAACGAAUACUAUUACAACUUGAAGUGGUUUGUACAGAAUUGACCAAGGAUAAAACCAGGAGAUUGGGAGACAUAUCAUGUCUUCCUGAGGCUGAGUUGAAUCAGAUAUGGAAGUGGAAUGAAGCUCCACCGUGUUCUCUUGAUCUCUCGUCUGGACAACUACGAGCAGAUGCUAGCAUGAAGCAGGGCUCUACGUAUCCUCGAGUCCUUGUGCCUUGGGUAUGUGAUCCACGUGACUCAUCUCUACUAUCACCUAUAGGUUGCAUGGGGGAGUUGUGGUGGGAAGGUGACCUUCUUUCUGGAGACGUUGUUGAUUCUCCUAUAUGGCUCACUACAGGAAAUUCUGAAGUCACUGGUCGAACCGGAAAAGUCCAAGCCACCGGAGACAUUGUCCAAUUACAAGAAGAUGGCAGUUUGAUAUACGUUGGUCGAAAGGAGGAUGUCGUACCAGCCCAGGGACAUGCUGUAAAUAUCACCGAGCUUGAAUCUCAUCUUGCAAAAUACCUUCCGUCGACGAUUCGAGCUACCGCUGUGACAUUUAGCAGGUCAAAGGAGUCCACCUUUGAAUUGCAUGAGCAAGAGCUACUUGUUUUCGUAGAGCAAGAAACCUCAAUUGAAGAUAGCUUUGAGCUCAUGUGGAUGCAACACAGAGUCAAUUGCGAGGUUUCAGACUUGGACACGUUGGAGAUUACAGUCUGCAACAUUGUCUCCAAGAGCCUCGCUGCAGCCCUGCAGAAAUUUAACAAGUUUGCCACGGACUCUCUUCCGUCAUACAUGAUACCAACUGCGUAUGUCAUUGUCGACAGACUGCAGAAUUCUGCGGGGCGACUUAACCACGACUUGGUCAAUAAUUUAGGACCGAGUAUACCUGCCCACGUACUGAAACAGGUUCAAGAAGGCUUUAACAAUAUUUGGACGAAAAAUCUCUCGCAAACUCAGCUCACGGUUCCCGAGGAGAUUCUUCAAACCGCUUGGGCGAAAGUACUGGGUAUUAGCAUUGAGAAGAUUGACGUUGAUGACAACUUCUUUCGCCUUGGUGGUGAUUCUGUACUAGCAAUGAAGUUGGUGUCAAAUGUUCGAGCACAAGGUCAUGGCCUUACCGUGGCCGACAUCUUCCAACACAUGCGUCUCGGUGAUGCUGCCAAGGUGUUGAAGGUUAACCGAGAGCAAAAGAGAGAAAAGGCACCAUCUUACAAACCCUUCUCGACCUUAGGAAAUCUAGACACCGCGAAAUUCUUGUCUGACGUCGUUCAACCAAAAUUGGCGGAUUUGCAAUGGACUGUUCAAGACGUGGCUCCAGUGACAGAUUCCCAAGCGCUCGAUAUUCGAGGCACUGUCCAAACGCCGCGGUCAUCUGUACAAUACACUAUGCUUUACUUUGCCAAGGACAUCGAUCAGGUAGAGUUGUUGAAUGCUUGCCAUAAUCUGGUCAAAACUCACGAUAUCCUGCGCACUGUAUUCAUUGAGCAUGACUCGAGCUAUUUUCAGGUUGUUUUGAGUAAUCUUGCGAACGUGAUAAGCUCACAAAAAACUGACCAAAACCUUGAACAAUACGUGACUGGUCUAAGUAAACAGGAUAUUGAGUCACCGCUUGAACUCGGAUCCCCUUUCACAAAGUUACUGCAUGUUGAGGGUCCUUAUGGCCAGCAUUGCCUUGUUAUCCGCCUAUCUCAUGCGCAAUACGAUGGCGUAUCCCUGCCUCGACUACUUCGUGAUCUGGAGACACUUUACAAAGGAAAAAAUAUCACAGAUUUCACGCCAUUCUCCGCUUACGUUGCACAUAUCCGUGAUGGAACUGUUCAAUCCAAAGCGAUCGACUACUGGACAACCCUCUUAGGGGACUCGUCGCUAUCCGUACUAGAACUAAAUUCAUCGCCGGCAGCGACAAAGUCAAUAUUCCACACCAAAACUGUCGAUGGCAUAUCUCUACCAUUAGGAGACAUCACCACAGCAAGUUUGCUCACCGCUGCAUGGGCCCUGGUGCUAGCCCGCCGUCUCAAAACAACCGACGUCAUAUUCGGUGGCGUCACUUCAGGUCGAGUCAUUGAUCUCGCAAACGGGGAUAAUGUCAUCGGUCCAUGCUAUCAAUUCACUCCAAUAAGAGUGCAAUUGCAGAGCGGAUGGACCGGAAUGGAACUCCUAAAAUCCAUCCAACGGCAGAGCGCAGAAUCGGCUGCGUACGACUUCCUCGGCUUCGAAAAGAUCUCAAAAGUUUGCACGCAGUGGUCCUCAUCAUCUUUGCCAGAGGAACAAAUAUUCUUCAAUUCUCUGGUUCAUCAUCAAGACUUUGAAGAUUUCGAUACCAUGCCAUUUGCCAGCGGAACUUGCAGGGUGGAGAUUUCUAAUCCGCAUGGAGACUCAGCCGAUCCGUUGAAAGUAGUGUCUUUCAUUAGAGAAGAUCGAUUGAAUGUUGGAAUCGUCGGCUACGAACAAGACGUUGAAUUCGUGGAUACCGUUUUGGGAGAGUUAGCAGAGGCUGUGAAAGAAGUGGUUGCACGUCAGUCAAAGCUGAUAUUGCUUUGA